GCCUAAACCACACCGCACUCACGCCAACAAUAACGAAAGCCCAAUGAGAGUUUAACAGGAAGCUCGCAUUUUUUUGCUGCCCCCCAUCCUUUCUCUUUCCCACUUUUUUGACCCCUUCCUUCAAAACCCCCCUCCCUUUUCUUUUCUCUUUCUGUCUUCCAGAACCGUAAUCUCAAUUCCCAAUCUCUCCCAAUUCAAUCUCAAUUGCCUGCUGCUCGCUCUUCUGCUUCUUGCGAUCUAGCAAUCGCCGCUUCGAUUCAGUUUGUCAGGUACCAUGUCUUUUGCGAGGAACUACCGUUCACAAGGCGGAACAAUGUUCGAUGAUCGUUCAACCACUUUUAGUAGGGGAAGUUAUGAUUGGAGCGCGUACUUGAGCGCUGGUUGGAAUGAUAAUCAUGAUUAUCGGCGGAGCUGUCAGGAUUUCUAUGAUUUCUCUGGGAAACUGAGGAGCCAUAUUGCUGACAGUGGCAAGUACAAUAACCCUCCUCCUAGUGGUGCACCGUCUCUGAAAAGGAGAAAGUUCAGCUCUAGUAUGUGGGGAGAGGGUGAUGGACAUAAUUAUCUGCAGCUCAACACAUUUGAGGACGGUGGCAGAGAUUAUCAGCACUCAAAAUCAUAUGGAGAUGCUGCUAGGUAUCAAGUGCAGUUUAAUAACACACACGGAGAUCAUCAGAGGCAGUAUGUGCAACCUAAGAUGUACAGAGAUGGUGGAAGAUGCCUACCAAGGUCUAAUAGCGUGUAUCAAGCUUCUGCACCUUUGACUCAAAGCAAUCCACUCCCUGCUCCUUUGAGGACAAACACCGAAGCAUCUACAUCUACUAGCUGUAAACGUGACCGCUCGAAAUUAGAAGAAGAGGAACCACUCUUUUUGUCAAGGGAUGAGAUUGAACGGUGCUCUCCUUCAAGGAAAGAUGGCAUUGAUGCUCAACAUGAAGCGCAUUUGCGCUACUCUUAUUGCGCCUUCCUUCAGGACCUUGGCCUUCGACUUGAUCUGCCACAAACAACUACUGGGACCGCCAUGGUGUUGUGUCACCGUUUUUUUAUUCGCCGGUCACAUGCUUGCCAUGAUAGAUUUUUAAUUGCUACUGCUGCCCUUUUUCUUGCUGCAAAGUCUGAGGAGACGGCACGACCGUUGAAUGAUGUAUUGAGGUCAUCCUGUGAGAUUUUGCAUAAGCAGAACAUCAGUCUAUUGUCAUAUGUACUGCCCAUUGACUGGUUUGAACAGUACCGGGAGCGAGUGAUGGAUGCUGAGCAAAUGAUAUUGACUACCCUCAAUUUUGAACUAAAUGUGCAGCAUCCUUAUGCUCCACUCACUUCUGUCCUUGACAAGUUAGGCCUGGCACAGACUCUUUUGGUCAAUGUGGCCUUGAACUUGGUUAAUGAAGGGUAAGUUGUUCCUUGUUCACUACAAGGCUAGAAAUUUCAGCAGGUUUCUUGUUAUAACGGCUAAUUUUGGUGAAUACAAUGAGCUUACACUUGUUGAGUGAACUUUCAUACAAUGUGGUCGUGCCCCUUCUGGAGGGAAUUUGGUGUGCCUAUUCCUUGUCUUUGUUGUUUGUGGACGAUCUCAGACUAGUUCUGCAGGAGACAUGAUCUAGUGCAUAGGAAGUUGUCAUGCAGCUGAUGGUCUGUCCAUGUAUUUAGUAAAGCAGGUAAGCAAUGAAAAAUCAACUGAUGAAUUGUUGAGCUUUCAUGGUUCAUUUGUCAUGGAGACGACUAUAUCGGUUUUCUCUUCUGCAUUCUAAGACAGCAGUCAAGGAUCUUUUUAACUCUUUCAAGCAACAACUACUUUUCCUAGUCAUUCUGGUAUCCAAUAUUGAUAUAUUUUGGAAUGGCAUAUAAUUGCAGGGUCCACACAAGAGUAGCAUGGUCGACUGUGUGAUAUUGUUAGCUGGCGGAUUGAUAUGCUGUGCUUGGAAAGUUUUUUGUUUUUUGGCAUCUGAAGUUGACCUGCCGUUGUGUUGUGGAUCACAUUACUGUGAUUAUCCUCCCAUCAAUUUGGCUAUGUGCUAUCAAAGAUAGCCUCAGAACCUUCUGACCGUUUUACUCGACUGUCACCUGCCUCCCUUCCAGUUGCUGAAAGUUUUAAGUUAAGAGACAAGGUGGCAGUCCAACUAUUCAUUCCCACUGUUUUUGGGACACCCAAUUUUUGUAGGGAAGUGGGACCUGAAUGAGUGGUGCACUUCUUCGUUCAACACUUCCAGUUUUCAUUUCUUCAAUAUUUUCUACUCAACUAUUCCUUUUCCUGGUUUCCACCCAUUUACCUUAAGAGUAUUUUUAAAAUAUUUAUCAGAUGUUGUGAGUAUUUUCAAAUUUUUAUCCAAUGUUUUGAGUUUUCAAAUCUCUAUUAGUAUUUUUUUUCUUUGAUUUUCAAGUAAGUUCAGAUUAAUAAUAUAUAUUAAAACAAGACCAUUUCAUCAUUUGAAGGUACGUUGCCCUUUUUGGUAUUCUGAAGUUUAAAAAAGGGGUCAUCCUGCUAUAAGUGUUUGAAUUCAGAUAUUGUUAAAUGGUCUAGGAACUCAACCGGGCGGCUUGUUGUUUGGAAAGAUGCAUAUAAUCUUUCCUGGUUAGAACCCAAAGCUGAGCCAUCAGUAAGCUGCAUUAGCAUGCUUUGUAAUAUGGGUUUUAACUGACCUUUUUUUUCGUACAUCCCAAGAAAGUAUAGGAUUCUCUCUUCUGUUGUCAGAGAGCGAACUGCUGUCCUACCCAAGUUUGCGAUAUAGAUGUCAUUGUGGUUUUCAUUUGGGAUGUAAGUAUCUAGACAUCUGCCCCAGAAGUUAGCCCAUUGGGCUAGGUGCUCUCAGGUCAGAGACCUGAUACUAGUUUCGGUUGACAAUGGGCUACCUAAGUUGUCAAAACACUGGCAUAGUACAGUCAUUGUGGUUUAGGUCUGUAUAUUUGCCUGUAGGUGCUCAUUAGCCAAUUAUGUCUUGAUAUCAAUCAGCUGCAAGAAUAUUGAUAGUAUUUGAUACUAUUUGAGGAUGUGUCAAUUUGCUUUACUUGCAUCAGGAUUUUAGUAAAAAGAAUAUAUAACAAAUAUUUCUAUGUACUAAUACUGCUAUUUUCUCGUAUGUUAAGCUUACAGAUUCAAUAUGUUUUAUAAAUGACUAAUUAAUGCAACAAGGUGCAAUAUCAAUUGUAUACUGCCCCUUCUUUUGUUCUGGUGGAUUACUGGCAUGGUGGUAUAGUGCAUGAACCUUUCACAUUCGAGAUCAAGUUGUUGAGGAGACAGAUGUGGAUAUUGCCUCUAAGAAGCUUACUGUGUGCAAUAGGCUCGUAGUGUAUUGGUUCUCUCCUUAAUCAAAUCAUGAAUGUAUCCGGAGUUAAAAAAGCCACUGCAGCAGAAUUGGCCCCCUGGAGUGCAUGUGUUUCUAGUUGAGUAGAACAUAUGUCCUAUAGUUAUGCUAUCCUAUCAACACCUUACAGAGAUUCUUUGCAAAUAAUUCUACUGCCAGGAUUGCUGCUUUUCUGUUUGGCUUAAGAGCUCAUUGUGGCUUCAGUUCAAGCCACAUCAGAUUGCUGGUGGUGCUGCUUACCUUGCUGCCAAGUUUCUAAACAUGGAUCUCCCUUCUUAUCAGAACGUCUGGCAGGAGUUUCAUACACCACCCACCGUUCUUCAAGAUGUGGCACAACAACUGAUGGAGCUCUUUUAGAAUCGCAGCAGAGUUGCUACCAUUAUUUUUCAUCUGAGGGCAAGACCAUAUAUUCUGUGGGUAUACUGGCUUGGGUGAGUUCCCAUAUACGCGUUAGGCUUUCUCGAUGGAAGCAAUCUCUCUCAGAAAGACCACGCUGCUGUUUAAAAGAUAAGGGAGCCAAUCCUCUGGCUCCCUGUUUGCUUGGGUUUGCCCCUUCAGUUUACACGGUAAAAAAGAUUUGAAUCCCUUUAAUCUCAUGGCAAGAUGCUAGAGUAGCAUCUGUCGUUUAUAUAUUAGGAUCCGAUGUUUAGCAGCCAGACAUAUAUUAGAAUGGGGCUUAUUGUGGGAUCGGAGUUCAGUACUACUUGUGCAACGGGCAAUGCUUGUAGAAAAGCCUGAAAGUCUUGCGGUUUGUUGAAGUAAAUGCAAUGGUGAUUGACCGAAGGAUUGAAUUGGUUUUGGACAGUUUUGUGUGAAAUGAUUAUCUUUUUGUGGGUUUGAUUCCUGAAAAUCACUCUAGCUCUGUCGACCUCUUCGAAAGUCGACCAUGGUGAGUGAUGACUUAUUCGAAUUCUAGCAUGGUGUGAUUGCAUAGACUAGGUCAUGUUGGCAGAGCUGCAACAAUAAGUAUAUGCAUAUACUGUAUACCAGGGUCCUGAAGAUCGUCGGCAUUGUCAUAUAGAUCUUCCAAGGUGGAGUUGUUACUUUGUUGUGCUGGCCAUUUUCUGUCACUUAUAUUUCCAGAAAAGAAUGAGUGAGGUAAAUCUGGGCACUGCAGUUUCACUCACAAGUAUCUAGGUUUCAGAGAAUGGAACGGAUUUUGUCGGAACUUAAUCGACUAGAGUGUGAAAGCUUUUGAACUGCAGGUUAUGCAGACUUCUCAAAGUGAUUGCCUCAUCUUUUGCUUGUUUACGUAAUGGAUUGCUUGAAGCUCACUUUGAGUUGUGGUUGCAACUUGAUUUUGUGAAAGUGAGCUUGCUUUCGGUUGGGUUAGAAGUGCGAUGAACGACAUGUGUUGGAUAUUCUCGCAUUUUAUUGUGCCUGAUCGAAUUUCAGGGAAGUCUCGAGUUCUUGUGAUCUCAAGCAUUUUGAUUAAACAUUCUGCAACAUCAGUGCAUAGUUGUGGAGUUGGUGAU